AUGUUUCCUUUUGCUUAUAUUCCUUAAGACUUAUAAAGUACGAAAAUAUCACACAUCUCUAGGUUCUUUCAACUUUUGUCAACCUUUAUAUUAAUUUCCAUGGUUUUAUCCUUAUUUUCAAUAUGGAAACUUCUCAACCAACUAUUUGUCUUAGUUUCCAAGAAUAAACUGCCACUUUUAGUAGCCUGAAAUUCACAGCUAACAAAACAUAAUCAAAAUGAAUGAUAUAUAGGCAAAGUUCCCAGAAACAUUUUAGAGAUCUUUUUAAAUUGAACCAAUUGAAGCACCAACUAGUCUAGAUCAUAAUUAAUCCAUUAUUUCUAAAAUGCCCAUAACUAUUUUGAACAAAAGGAAAAAGAAAAAAUUCAAUAAAAGCAAAUUCUUUAAAAAAGGUAUGCAUAUAAUUUUAACUGAAUAAGGCCAUUGGACUAAUAAAGAGCACAGACUAUAUUUAUAGUUUAUUGAGAGUCAUAUAGAGAUUAUGUCAGAUUCAGAUUAGAAGAAAAUGAAUAAAAUAUUUAAACAGAUGUCUGAUUUCAUAAAAACUAGGUCUGCAAGUCAAUGUAGAUCUCAUCAUUAGAAAUUCAAUCCAAAAGAGUUUGUAGUUUUGACUACUGUGAAGAAUUCAAGUUAAUUUAAGAUUGCUAAUGAAUGA